AAGGGCAAAUUUAUCCUAUUACUUUAAAAUGAAAAGAUUUUGAGAAGGAAAGAAGUGAAAUCAAGAAUAUAUGCAGUGUAUGGUGCUUAUGAAUACGUUGUGAUAGGCAACCAGUAUGUAAGCAAAUUGUAAAAGGUCUUGUUAGUCCAACUUAACAUAAUCUGACUAUUUACAGAUGUUGGAGUAGUUGCUUCGACCAUCAUGUACGCCUUCUACUUGAAUGAAACAUGCAAGAGCAACCAGUUGUGCACUGUGCCUGUCAUCAACAUGAAGAGGGCAGAGCUAACUUCUCAUGCUGAAAUAAGAUGGUUGAUUGAAUCAUGUCAAAUUGAUCAGUCAUCCUUAAUUUUUGUAGAUGAGAUUGAUCUGUCAUAUUAUGACCUAUUCGGGAGUCUUAAACUAGUUCUAGUUAACAGCAACAAGCUUCCAAUUAAACAAGAGGCAUUAAAGGAGGCGGUAGUUGAAAUCUUCAGUUGCAGAAAGGGUGAGUCGACAUAUCCAUGGGUUGAGACUGUUACUGCGGGACAGGAUUGUUCAUGCUCUACACUUAUUGCUGAGAAGUUUGCACUGACUUCCCCUGAGAUUUUGACUGGGCAAGGAUUUAGUAGACUUUUGUUAGCCGGCAUCCUCAUAGAUACUGGAAAUCUAACCAGCCCCCACUGUACCUCAAAAGAUAAGUACAUGGCUUCACUAUUAAUCAGUGGUGCCGGUCGCUUUGGAUGCAAUGGUCUCUACCACAUAUUGAAGUACAAAAUGUAUGAUGUGUCUGAUCUCAAAAUAGUCGACAUCUUGCACAAGGAUUUCAAGAAGUGGACAAGAGUAGGAAAGCUAGAUGCUGUUGGGUCACAACUUGUGGCACCACAUCUCGGGAUGAGUUCUAUUGGAAUUUCAAUUACACAACUUGCUGCUCAUGAAGAUACUUCAUAUCAAGAAAUCAAGAAUUUCCAGAAAAUGGAGAAACUGCAGCUAUUCAUGAUCGUUUCUGGAUAUUAUGAUUCACAGAAGAACUUCAAGGUAUUAGAGACGAGAUGAAAGCAUUUGAGGUCAACAAGGUUACAUCUAGGAAGACCAUUGAACGCCUUUUAGAAGAAUUUGGGGGGGCAUCAAAAGGCUACAUGGAUUGUGGACCAGAGAAAAUUUGAGUUGGAAGAUAUAUGUUUGUUGGGUCAUAUUUCGGCUGGGUUGGGCCCAGUUCAAACCUACCGGCCCAUUCCCCACGCUUGGUCAUUUUUACUGUUCAGAAUAAAUUCAUGUUCAGCAGACUUAGGCUUAUGUAGAUUAUAUUAUCGACACUCGGUUAUCAGGCUCGGUUAGCCGAGCCUGAGGCAGGUACCGAGCGUUACCCUCAGGAAAUGAUGAACAUAUCUGAAUAAAUAUCCUAUUUGAUGUUCCCCGAUAUAUUGUUGACAUGUGGACCCUCGGAAAAAGUCCACAGUGUCAGAUGAACAGGUACAAUCCAAUGCCUAUAAAAGGGGGGUCCCCUCUCACUAUUUCAGUAACUUUUUUGACCCUCAGAUUUAAAUACUUGCUUAUCUUUUCCUUGAUAUAUAAUUUCCCAGUUCAUCUUCCCUUUGAACAACUUGACUAACUUAGGCAUCGGAGCUUACACCGGCCGGACAACGCCGGCAGCUUUGAUCCCUUUUUCUUAUCUCAUUCCCAGCUCAACGUUCGGUAAUCAAAUAUUGUGCUGGCCCCUUUUUCCACGUCAUCAUUCAGAAAACUGCUUCAACAAUGUUCAUAAUAAUAACAUACAAAACCCUGUCAACGCAUGCGUAUUGAUGAGAUUGAAUUAGGGUGAUUAUCAUGUUCAGCAACUGUGCCGUCAUGGAUGAUGUACGCUAAUGAUGGGGCAUGGAUUGUGGAAAUCUAAUUUAAUGGGCAGCCAUUCAACCCUGCAACUUAGAAUUAU